UCGUUCACGUUAAGCACAGUGCUGAAAAUUCAUGAGUGUGACCGCUAUUUCUCCGCAACCAACCCGGAAAACACAACAAACAGCAGGCAAGAAGAUCGCGAUGAGCUCAGACGAGGACGAUGACUUCAUGGCCUCGCUGCCACGGUUACCCACCACCAAGGAAGGCGCGACCUGCAAGCUGUGCAAGAAGGUUCCUGUGGAGUACCGUGCCAUGCCUUGUGGCUGCUUCUUGGCCUGUCAGAAAUGCGCAAUGAAGAUUGCCUCUGGAGGCAAGUGCAAGCUAUGCCACAGGUUCUUCAUUCAGUUGUCACGGCUCCCAGAUGACCAGAAGCGCUCCCUGGCCGCAUUGGUGCCCGCCACACCAACACAGCACUAAUCAACCCUACGCGUGUCGAUGCGUGUGUGUGUGCGUGUGUGCGUGUGUGUGCGUGUGUGUGUGUGUGUUUGUGUGUGUGCAUCGAUGUGUGUGUGUGUGUGCAUCGCAUUCUCUCCGUACCUCUUCUCUUCCCCUCUCUUCCCCUCUCUUCCCCUCUCUUCUCCUCUCUUCCCCCUCUCUCUUCCCCACGGAGCAUAAAUAAACCGCAAACCUCACCGA